GCGGCGAGAACAAACGGCGUACUAUUCGUUAAGUGACUGUUAUGUACGAUAAAAAAAUCAGCCUAAUAGUAGGUUUUACUCGAGGCGAUUCGUUAUUCCACUAAUGUACAAAUGUCUUUGACAAUGCACAGUACUCGUGCAAUGGACAGUACUUCGAAGAUUUCGCAUGUCAGUUCCGGCGCCGUGAAAAAUACCAGUCGUCCAGUUGGGACAGCCAAACACAGAAGUUCUUUUACUCCAAGAGCUCUACCCAAAGGACCAGGUCCUUUGCCUGAUAAACCCUCGAUGAAUAGAGCAAGUGUGAAAUUUGUCCCCCAACCUAGUCGCAAUCAUGCAAGUACUUCAAAAGGAUCAAACUCUCUAUCUUCUGCAUCUCAGUACGACACUUCCAAAAAAUCAUAUACAUCAGAAUCUCCCACAACACGACGGAAAGUUUCAGAUGACUCUGGUUACGGAAGUACCUCUGGAAAAGGUAGGACAGGUAAUUACAGAUAUGGUGGACUAUCAAAUGGACGAAAGUCAAAAUCGCUCUCGUGUUUGGGACCAAACACAGAUCUUUCUACACCAUACAGUGUAGAUUAUUAUGAAGAUAAAUACGCGACUAGAAAUUGGUCCACUCAGAGAAACAAAAACUCCAAACCAACAUUAUAUGAGAGUAGUAUUUCAGAUAGCAGUCGUAAUUGUCGAUCUACAACGCAUGCCGAUUACAAAGAUCCUUGGGGUGAAAGAACUGUAGCACUGAAUGGGACUGGUACUAAGAGCGGACAAUCGCAUUCCUUGGAGAAAUCAGGAUCAAGCAAGAGUACUUAUAAUAUUUUUCCUACGGACACGAGUCGAAAAAGUACCAUAACUGCUGUGCCUGGAUCAGAUAUGAGGUGUGCGAGAAAAUCGUCGUUUAGCUCUUCUAAUUCAUCCCCUUCAAACUCGCCAACGGGAAGAGGCAGUUCAGAUGGGUUAGUCGGUCUACGUAAUCUAGGAAAUACGUGUUUUAUGAACUCCAUCCUCCAGUGUUUAAGUCACACACAACCUUUCACUGAACAACUGUCAAAAGGCUCUCACCUGAAGACAAUAAACAGCAACAGUUCUAUGAAGGGCAAGCUUAUUCAAGCUUUUGCAGAUCUGAUCAAAUCUAUGUGGAAGCAUGGUAACGGUGAUGCAGUGUCUCCCCAUUCGUUUAAAACUCAGAUUCAAAGAUUUGCCCCUCGAUUUAUGGGAUACAACCAACAAGAUGCACAGGAAUUUUUACACUUUCUUUUGGAAGGACUCCAUGAUGACUUGAAUCGAGUCAAAUGCAAACCGAAGUUCACUCCAUGUGAAUUUGAUGACUCACUCAGUCAUCAACAGAAUGCAGAGAAGUCGUGGGAAAGUUAUCUUUCACGCGAUAACAGCUUGGUGACUGAUCUCUUUGUGGGACAGUUGAAUAGCAUGUUGAAAUGCUGUACUUGUGGUCACACAUCAGUAACUUUUGACCCCUUUUGGGAUUUGUCACUUCCCAUACCAAGAAAAUCCCGCCAUGCAUCAUCCUCUCCAUCGUGGUCUGUAAGGCGAUCCAGUGGGGGAGAUUACCACGAGAUUACGCUUAGGGACUGUAUACUUUCCUUCACCAAAGAAGAAGUCUUAGACGGCGAUGAAAGACCAACUUGCGAGAAUUGUAAGACCAAGAGAAAAUCGACGAAGAAAUUUUCCAUACACAGAUUUCCGCCAAUCCUUGUUCUUCAUUUAAAGAGGUUUUCAGGUUUCAGUUUCCGAUCCAAGCUACAGACGAAUGUAGAAUUCCCGUUAAACGAUCUGGAUCUCACUGAAUUUGCUGCCGACAACCAAGAGGGUCGGUCAGUGGUUUACUCCCUGUACGCAGUCUCGAAUCACUCAGGCAGCACCUAUGGCGGCCAUUAUAUGGCUUACUGUAAACAUCCAAUCAGCAGACAGUGGCACUGCUUUAACGAUUCACGGGUGGAAGGAAUUUCUCGAUCGCGGGUGCCAGGAGCACAAGCAUACAUCCUUUUCUACGAGAAAGUUGACAGAAAAUCAUCGCCAUGACGUGAAGGCCAAACCACAAAUGCUGGCAUUUGUGUAGUACUCACACACUCCUUCGAAGCGUGACUUUUUAAAACUUGCGUGACACUUGCGCAAUCUUUUUAUACGGGGGUAUUAGUGAUAGUAUCGGUGAUUUUAUGAUUUUUUCUGUAGAGGAACUUCUACAGGACGAUCUUGGAAACAUUAUUAAAGCAAGGCAUUUGUAUAUUAUAUUUGGUGAGGUUUUUUUAAGUAGUGAUUUUUGCCGCGUUUAUUUUUUGCGUGACAACUCGUUUAGUGGCCUUGUUAUGGUCAUAGAUACCCAGCGUUGGGGUGGAAGGAGACUGGGUAUGAAGCAGCUGAUUGUCCAUCGCGAUUUGUUACAAUAAGCAGUUAUGUCUUGAUUAUGAAGGAUGCGAAAAAAUUUGCGUCAAUUAGAAAGAGAUGAAAAAUAGUCAGUCAAAAUUAUUUUGGGCAUUCUUAGUCUGGAUGAGUCAGAUGACCUUGUACCGGGAGUGUCUUAGUUAGAAAUUCCGAUCGAAAUUUCUUUUCAUUCAACCUUUCACCUUCAAGAUUUCAUCAGUACUUCUCCUAACUGUCUGCCAGGCAACUCUUGUAAUUUGAGUAACGAGAAGUUGGUAUUUGAUCCACUAAUUUUAUUGUGAUUGAUAUUUUUUUAAUUCUCAUUACUUGUCUGCUUGAUAUUGUUUUGAUAUUGUAAAGAGAAAUUCUGCCUUGGUCACCCAUAGGAGUUAAAAGGGUUAAACCGUUGGGUUGGUUAGCACCAAAAAAUUAUCUCCUUGUAAAACUCUUUCAACAAUUCUUUUUUUUCAAAUUUGAGGAAAAUCUCAAGAUGGUUUUAAAUCAGUUUGUCUCAGUGACCCUUGGUGUUCAGAAUAAAAUAAAAAAAGUAAUUUUUUUUUAGUGAUGAAUAUGCCACUAUCCCCUGGAUAAAAAUAAUUUUUUUUCAUGGUCAGGUUUUAUGCCCAUUUUUUUAUACCUUGGAAAAGUAUCUUUUUAAAUGUAUGUAUAGAUUUUUCUGGAAGAGAGAAUGGUAUUUAGUCAAGUAGCAAAGUUUCCCUAGUCUAAAGAUGCUAUAGUUCAUUCACGUUUUACAGGAAAUUAUAUAUUAUUUAUUAGGUGGGAGUGCGGAAAUUUUGUAACAUAUUUAUUUGAGAGUGAUAGAAACAAACUUACAUCAAUUGUGAUUAAAUUAUUGCUCGUAGGAAUA